GUGUUGGUAAUUGUUAUCCCCAAGCCCAGAUAGCUCCCAAAAAUCUCAAACAACAGAAAAUUCUCGUGUCUUCCUCUCUUUCCUCCCCAAUGAAUUUACCCACCGAAACCCUAGAAACUCAUUGACGGGGGUUUCUCUCUCUAGAUUUUAGCUUUGACUUUCCCAGAUUUCAUUCAAUUUCUACUUUCUUCACUUUUUAAUUUCAUAGAUCAAAUACCCCUAAUAGUUGAAUUAAUAUUUUCCUCAAGUUUUUGAUAGAAAGAUUUGAGCUGUUUCUCUCUUUAAUUUUAUCAAAUAAAAAAUUCAGAGAUUGUUUGUUUGUGUUAUUAAAUAUGGACGGAUUUGAAGGCGGAGGUAGCCGCCUUAUGGAAUUUGGUGACAACCGCUCUGCAGCAGAACAAGAGAAAUUUGAUGCUUCACAAUAUGCAUUCUUUGGUAACGACGUUGUUGAAGAAGUUGAACUGGGUGGGUUGGAAGAUGAAGAGGACGAUCUUCCUCCGGUUGGGUUUGAUGAUGAAGAGUUUCAAUUAGAACGAGAAGAGGGUGAAGCUCUUGGAUCUUUAUCUGAGAUUGAUGACCUUAGUAGCACAUUUUCCAAGUUUAACAAGGAUGAUGGUGGCGCUAUAAAGCCAGGAUUUAUUGGUGACAGGGAAUACAGAGAGAGCUCAUCAGCUGUUGAGUGGUCACAAGAUGCAGAUUUUCGUAAUUGGAUUGACCGGAAAGCUCUUGAUGGGGGUGAAAGCACUGACAGCAAAAGGUGGCCAUCACAGCCAUACUCUUCUGCUGCUCACCUUUUGGAAUCAAAGACUUUGUACAGGACUUCCUCAUACCCUGAGCAACAACAACAUCAUGAAUAUCAACAGCAAAUCCCGAACCACCACUACUCCAGUGAACCGGCACUCAUCCCAGAAUUGCCUUUCACUUCAUUUCCUCCUAGUGCGAGACAUCCACAAGCUAAUCCAAAUAACCAGUUACGGGACCCAAAUGGUCCAAAUCAUCCCGGUGGACAGCAAAUGCCAGUUUCCUCACCUAACUUUUCUCCCUUCUUAAACGCUGCAAAUCACUUAACAGCCUCACAUCUGGGCCCACAGUAUGGUGGAAAGUUUGCUCAGGGCGCACCUCCCGGGCUUCCCCUUCAUAAUCAAAUUCCAAGCCAAUGGUUGAAGCAGUCUACUUUGUAUCCUGGGGAGCAAUCAAGCCUGACCAGUAAUAUGAUGCCCCAGCAGUCGCAUCGCCAAAAUGGUUUCGCGCCGCCACAUGGGGGGCCGCAGCAACCCCAGCAGCUUGGACAACAUCAUCCCUUGCAUUCACCCUAUGGCCAUUUGCCAGGGUUGCAAUCCCAACCGUUUAAUCACCAUAUGUCUCCACCCUCACAGAUGAAUAAUUUUGAUAUGCUUGGGUUGGCUGAUUUAAGAGAUCAAAAGGCCAAACUAAUGCUGAGAGGCAGACAGGGCCCUCACUACUCUCAACUAGGCUUUGACGUUAAUAGCCAGAGAAAUGUUAGUGCAUGGCCAAGAUUUAGAUCCAAGUACAUGACAACAGAUGAAUUAGAGAAUAUUCUUAGAGCGCAGCUGGCUGCUACCCAUAGCAAUGAUCCUUAUGUUGAUGAUUAUUAUCACCAAGCUUGUCUGGCCAAAAAGUCUGCUGGUGCAAAGUUGAAGCACCAUUUCUGCCCAAAUAAUUUGAGGGACGGUAGUGCUCGAACUCGUGCUAAUAAUGAUCCGCAUCCUUUUCUCCAGGUUGAUGCUCUUGGAAGGGUUGCUUUCUCUUCUAUUCGCAGGCCCCGCCCGCUUCUUGAAGUUGAUCCACCAAAAUCAUCUGCUACUGGAUCCGUUGAACAGAAAAUGCCUGAGAAACCCCUGGAGCAAGAGCCAAUGCUAGCAGCUAGGGUGGCUAUCGAGGAUGGACUCUGUCUUCUUCUUGACGUUGAUGAUAUUGACCGGUUCUUACAAUUUAACCAGCUUCCAGAUGGGGGAGACCAGUUGAAACGCAGGCGGCAGGUUCUGCUUGAGGAUUUGGCAUCGUCACUUCAGCUAGUUGACCCCCUCGGCAGAAGUGGCCACUCUGUGAAUUUGGCUGCUAAAGAUGAUGUUGUCUUCUUGAGAAUCGUCUCACUUCCCAAGGGCCGGAAGCUGCUAGUACGGUACCUGGAGCUUCUUUUCCCUGGAAGUGAACUGACCAGGGUGGUUUGCAUGGCUAUUUUCCGUCAUCUAAGGUUCUUUUUUGGUGGGCCUCCAAGUGAUCAACGGGCAACUGAGACUAUUGUGAACCUUGGAAGGACCGUGUCACUGUGUAUUUGUGAGAUGGAGCUCAAAGCACUUGCUGCCUGUCUUGCAUCAGUGGUUUGUUCUGUAGAGCCUCCUCCGCUUCGUCCCAUUGGAAGCCCUGCUGGAGAUGGGGCAUCUGUUGUUCUAAAAUCUAUUCUUGAGAGGGCGACUGAGAUAUUAAGAGAUCCCCAUGCUGCUGCCAAGUGCAGCAUGCCUAAUAGGGCAUUCUGGCAGGCCUCCUUCGAUGCAUUUUUUGGGUUACUCACAAAAUACUGUUUCAGCAAAUAUGACACUGUAAUGCAAUGUUUCUUGACACAAGCCCCACCAGGUGUGGCUGUUAGUGGAUCCGAUGCAGCCAAAGCUAUCAGUAAGGAGAUGCCUGUUGAACUUUUGCGUGCGAGUCUUCCUCACACUAGUGAACAACAGAAAAAGGUCCUCUUAGAAUUUGCACAUAGGUCCAUGCCUGUGCUAGGAGUUGGUAGCCAAAGUGGGGGAAGUGGUAGCACAUGAUUGUUAUUGGAGGUUGACCUCAUUUAUUUGAUGUUUCCUUGAAAAUUGUCGUGAAGUAUGUCAAAACGCGCCGGUUCAUGGAUUGUUGUCCUUGGUACAUGCGGUGAUUAUGACAAAACAUUGUUGAAGUUGCAGGAUAUGGAGCCUGAUCAUCUGCAGUAUUAUGGUCUGAGUGGUUCCUUCAUUCUCCUUUAAACAUGGAUGUUGUCAUCCUUGUUGGUACUGUGCUGCUUCAGAGAAAGGUGUGAAAGUAGGUUGUUGCUGUAACAUGUUCUAGUUUUCUUUUUGCAUUUGGAGUUUAUAUGAUAAUGUUUUCUCAUCCGUGAUAGUCCUGUGGGUUUUUAGUAUAAGAUGUACAGUGUUCAACUAGAGAAAGCAUUCAGCUUCUAGUUUUGGAGGAUAUGGGGAGGAAUUUGUUAUAAGUUUCCAAUGUUUUAUAAUUAUGUGAAUUAAUGUUGAAGUUUUGGAACAGUUUAUGGUGGUGUGGGUUCCGGCUGAUGCUAUAAGAAAAUAUUCAAGAAGUUGAAUAUGAGGAAAGUCUAGUUAUUACCUAUGA